UUUUGUUGUCUCGUUGCGCGUGGUGGCAGAUAACAUGGGUAAGAGACAGACAGACUGACAAACGAUUUACAUUAACCCUCGCUGCGCAUGCGCGCCGAGGGACCUACUUUCACAGAUUUUUUUUACUGUCAUGUAGCUACCUCGAUGGAAAUUUUGUCAUCUAGUCUCGUGACGACGCGACACAAUUAACGCUGCGCAGUCGGCGAACGAAACUAGAAAUAGAUCAGCAAUGGUUUUCUUGAAGGCUCUUUCCUUGACGUUUCUUCUUGGAGUUGUAGUGCAGCAAGAUGCCACUGCGUCGGGGAGUACGCGAUACACGACGCUAGCCACCUACAACACAGGGCUACUGUUCGGCUCCAUCAGAAAUGUGGAUGCUAGACUUUCUGUUAUGAUCGACCAGAUGAUCCAGAGCGAUGUUGACAUUUUCUGUCUGCAAGAAGCAUGGACUGCCGACGUCCAGAGGAAGAUACGCAGGGACCUGAAACCAUUCUAUCCCUACGCUCUGAGUGCAAUAGACCUUGAUACAGAGCCUAGUGACACGACCACUCCAUCCUGCCAACAGGGCUCUGUUGAUGCAGCAUUUGACUGUAGAGCACUGAAUUGUGCUGGUCUGAGUGGACCAGCAUUAGGAGCUUGCGGCAUUCUCAGGAAUAAGUAUAAGACAUUGUUCAACCUUUGUCUCAGAGCUUUACCACAGAAUGCACAGAGGAGUUCACCAGAUUGGCAGACGCAUGCAGUACCUGUCUCCUCCCUUGAGUUGAACAGCAGAAAUGAGACAGGGUGUCUCGCAAUUCCUGCCAGCAACUUUGAGAGGACAUUUGGACUCAUGCUACUCAGCAAGACAGAACUUCUCAAUCCAACAGCCAAUCCCUUUAAUAAUUACAGCCAACUCAGGGGCUACCUGACUGCAUCUGUAAGUACGUAGGAUGAAGCUACUCAUCAUUAUGCUAUAAUGUUUGAUGCUAAAGCUACACCAGAGCAAUUUGUAUGAACCCUAUGGCUUCAUACGUGCCAGAUGGUGCACUACAUGGG